AUGGUCCGCCACAAGAAGGACUUUAACAGCAAAGGCAAGCGCCUUCACCACGGCCCGCCAAGAGGUAGCAGGCCACCCCCACGUCGCCAAGACAACGACGCUGGCAGCGACGAUGGCGACAACGACAACAGUAGCAACAGCCGCAGCAACCGCUCGCCCCCAGCUUUCAAGGCCGCGUGCUGGGACCUGGGCCACUGCGACCCGCGGCGGUGCUCGGGCAAGAAGCUCAUGAAGCUCGGCAUGAUGCGGCCGUUGGCCCUCGGCCAGCGCCACCAGGGCGUCAUCGUCACGCCCAACGGCAAGACGGUCGUGUCGCCCGCUGACCGAGAGACGCUGGAGCAGCAUGGCGCCGCUGUCGUCGAGUGCUCGUGGGCCCGCACCAAGGAGGUGCAGUGGUCGCGCGUCGGCGGCCGCUGCGAGCGCCUGCUGCCGUACCUGGUCGCUGCCAACACGGUCAACUACGGCAAGCCCUGGCGCCUCAACUGCGUCGAGGCCCUGGCCGCCGCAUUUGCCAUCUGCGGGCGGCUGGAGUGGGCCGCUCAGAUCCUCGAGCCCUUUUCUUAUGGUGCUGCCUUCCUCGAGAUCAACGCCGCGCUGCUCAAGAGGUAUGCGGCCUGCGCCGACGCGGACGAGGUCAAAAAGGCAGAGGAGGAGUGGAUGGACAGGUUGGAGAGGGAGUAUGCCGAGAGUCGGGAGUCUGACGGGAAGGAUUUGUGGAAAGGUGGCAAUAUGAACCGGCGGCCGAUCAUGGAAUCCGAUGACGACGAGGAAGAGGAUGGAGAGGGGUCCGGGGAGGAUGGAGAAGGAAGUGAUGGGAGCGUGGAUGGGAUAUAUCUCGGCAAGAAACCUCCUGGGAAACAGGCAGAGGCAGUCGAUGACCAAGACGAUCAACGGCAGUCAAAAGAUCCUUUCGACAUAUCCGAUGAUUCAGAUGACGACGCGGCCAUGGAGGAAAUCCGCAGAAAAGUGUUAGCGUCGAGGCCAUUUGCUGAAUCAUCCACAGCGACGAAGACGGGCGCCGACGUCGAAGACAGCAAGCCCACUCCAGCCUCCAUCCCUCGCCCGCAGCCAACGACAAGUAAUAGCAACCAGUUCAAGCCCGAUCUGGAAGUAGAACCAGAUUCUGACAAUGGUUCAGACGAUGACGAAUUUGACGGUAUCAUGUCCGCCACUCCUGUAACUGAUCGGGUGGGACUGGCAAAGUUGGAAAAGGAGAGGGCGAGGGCAGCGAUAACAACGCGCACCUUUACAUCGUCCUCCAUAUCGGCCCCGCGUAGGGGAUGA